AUGUUUAAAACAGCAAAUUUUCUCAAAAAAAUUAAGGAUCAUGAAUUUAAUAAACAUAAUUACUCUAUGGAUGAUCAUGAAGAAAUUAAAAAAGAUUUGAUCAUAAAAAUAUCAUAGGAUAAGAAGACAAUAAAAUUUCUAAAAUUUUUAGUUAAUCUUACUGUCUUAGAUGAGAGAUUCAUAUAGUGUGGAUCAAUUCUAUUCAUUUACUGGAAUUAUGGUUUGAAAAUAUUAGAAUUAAAGAUACAUUCUUAAUAGGGGCUAACUUGGUAACAUGUGACUGAAGUGGAUCUUAAUUUGAUAAUCAAAUUAUUAAAUUGUAAGUGGAGAAAUCUAAGAAUAAAUGAGUUAAAUAAGUUUAAUGACCAUAGUCGUCGUGUCAAUUCUGUCUGCUUUUCUCCAGAUGGUAGGUCAUUAGCUUCUUCUGGUGACGAUUAAUCCAUUCAUUUGUAGGAUGUGAAGACUGGGAAAAAAAAGUCAAUAAUAAUAAGUAAGGGGUCGGUAAAAUCAGUAUGUUUUUCACCUAAGAAUAAUACAUUAGCUUCCAGCAAAGAAUAAUAUAUGUAUUUAUGGAAUCUUAAAAAGGAAAAUAAAUAUUUAAAUUAAGUGAUCAUACAUAGUAGAUUAAUUCCAUCUGUUUUUCUUUUGAUAACUGAACUUAAUCCUCCAAGUAUCAAACUCACUAAUCUGAGUCUGAGUCUAUGCAAAGAAGAAAUCAAGCAAUCCUUUUUCUUUUAUAGGAAUAAGGAGAAUAAUGCGAAUUCUACCUAGAAAUGUAGGUUAAAUAUAUUCAAGACUGAUAAAGCUAAAUUCACUACACAGACACAUACCUCCUUAUGA